CCUCCAAAUUCAAGCACAAGGAAAAUAACAAUAAAAAGAGGAGAAAUUCUCACACAGAUUAGCACCAAUUCAGCUAAACUUUACAACCAUCAACAAUCUUUUCUUUCAUAAUCUUUAAGUAAUCUCCACAAGAAAAUGUCACUCAUUCCAAGCUUCUUCGGCGGCCGACGAAGCAGCAGCGUCUUCGAUCCCUUCUACCUCGACGUGUGGGACCCCUUCAAGGACUUUGCCGCCCACUUUCCCUCCCAACUUUCUCGGGAAAAUUCGGUGUUCGCGAGCGCGAGAAUCGACUGGAAGGAGACGCCGGAGGCGCACGUGUUCAAGGCCGAUCUGCCGGGGCUGAAGAAGGAAGAAGUGAAGAUCGAGAUCGAGGACGACAGAGUGCUCCAGAUCAGCGGAGAGAGGAACGCCGAGAAGGAGGAGAAGAACGACACGUGGCACCGCGUGGAGAGGAGCAGCGGCAAGUUCCUGCGGCGGUUCCGACUGCCGGAGAACGCGAAGAUGGAGGAGGUUAGGGCUUCCAUGGAGAAUGGGGUCCUCACUGUGACUGUUCCCAAAGUGGAGGUUAAGAAGCCUGAUGUUAAGUCCAUUGAAAUCUCUGGUUGAUUUUGGGGAAAUUUCCUUUGGUUGUUUCUUUGAAAUGUGCACGUGUGUGAAUAAGAUGUUGAUCAUGUAAUGUGACCGUGUGCGUAUGACAAUCUAAUUUGGCUGCAGUGUUUGUGUAUAUUUGUGCUAAUUAAUGUGGUCAGUUUUCUUUUAA